AUGGCGUCCAAGAGGAUACAGAAGGAGCUCAAGGAUCUGCAGAAGGAUCCCCCCACCUCAUGCAGCGCAGGCCCUGUGGGUGAAGAUAUGUUCCAUUGGCAGGCAACAAUAAUGGGCCCAUCUGACAGCCCAUAUUCCGGUGGAGUUUUCCUAGUUACUAUCCACUUCCCUCCUGAUUAUCCUUUCAAACCACCAAAGGUGGCAUUCCGCACCAAGGUGUUCCAUCCAAACAUCAACAGCAACGGGAGCAUUUGUCUGGACAUCCUCAAGGACCAAUGGAGCCCCGCUCUGACCAUUUCCAAGGUGCUGCUGUCCAUCUGCUCCCUGCUGUGUGACCCAAACCCUGACGAUCCUCUGGUUCCUGAGAUCGCUCACAUGUACAAGACGGACCGGCACAAGUAUGAGAGCACCGCCAGGACCUGGACGCAAAGGUAUGCCAUGUAA